AUAUCUAGAGACAGUAUUUCGCGCCACGCAGUUAUUAAGGUGGGAGGCUACUGAGAUCACAAGUUUUUUGAGCUUGAUGGGGACAGAAAAAUCUAAUACGUUUGGUACACCUUACAAUAUGGUGCCUGAAGAUGGAACUCUUGGCGCACCGCAAUGGACUACUUCUAUGCAGGCAUAUAACGGGUCAGAGUCUACUCCAAUUCCCAUUUUAAGUCAACAUGGAGCUGGUUCUUACAUGUCUCUCUACAUGUGGCCAUAUCAGGCAAGCAGCACGCUACUUCAAUCUGAUGCUUUGCAUGAUCCCAGCAAGCUGUCCAGUAAACCCACAGUAGCUGGGGAUGCUGCACUGGCUUUUUCAGAAAUGGUAUACAAUACUUUUGGUGAACAAAAUAUGAAUUCAAUGAAUGGAUGUGCUAGAAACUUACAACCUGAAAGUUUAAUUACUGACAAAUCAAGAGAAAAUGAAAAUGAAUCUUCAACACCACAAGACAGCAGAGAUGUAGUGUCACGGAGUGCAACAAAUGGAAGCAAGGGAUCACAGGACAAAGACCGUGACACAAACAAUGAUUUUCCUUCAGCUAAGAAGCUGCAAUCAAACUCAACGGAACUGAAUCAUAAUUUUGGGACAGGCCUAAAUGCAUCUGGCACUAAUGCUCAACUUGCAAAAUUGGAAAAGGAUGAAAUACGCAAAGAAAGGAAAAGACAGUCAAACAGGGAAUCAGCUAAGAGAUCAAGGAUAAGGAAAGAGAAGGAAUGUGACGAGCUACAUAAUAACAUUAGAAUUCUCAAGGAUGAAAACUCUUUGCUAACACAAAGGCUGGUGAGUCUUUCUGAAGACUGUAUGGAGCUUUGCAACGAGAAUGAUUUCAUAGAGGAACAACUGGUUGAGAUAUAUGGACCAGAAUCAAUAGCCGAUUUAUUGCCUUUAAAGCCUGCCUCUGUUACUGGUUAAGGGAGGAAGCAUCUUACAACUUAUCAGAAUAUAUAAUUUCAUUUUUUUAUUUUGUUACAAUUAUUAAAAUAAAAGAUGUGGUAAUAAUAAUCAUAGAUAAAGGUGGAAUAAGGUACUGAUUAUUCCUCAAUUAAUCACAUUUAAAUUUCCGAUUGAAUCAAUUAUAAUUUUUUUAUAAAU